AAGAAGUACGAUAUCCUUUUUAAGGAAGGAGAAAGAAACAAAGUUAGCAAUGAUUUUUGUUGAACCACAAAAAGUGUCGAUAAUGUUUCUAUAAAUUCCCAAUUAAUAUAGUAGUAUCUCGUUUUACAAAAGAAGUCCAUGGCUGUCUCAAUUAUUACAAUCUUGGAAAGUUUAAGAAAAAUAAAUGUAGUUUUGUGUCGAUAAUGUUUCUAUAAAUUCCCUGUUAAUAUCUCUCGUUUUACAAACGAAGUCCAUGGCUGUCUCAAUUAUUACCGUCUUGAAAGGUUGAAGAAAAAUAAAUAUACUCCAUAUAAAAACUGACCAAUUGAUAUAUACUACUCUUUUGAGUUUUUUCCUCAAAGCAUCAAAAUUUCACAUGAAUGGAAAGGUUGAGAUCAAUUGUCACAUUUUUGGGUGUACUAUAGCUUUCAAUUUCUAAAAUUCAAUUUUAUUUCUUGUUUGAUUUUAACUUGGUUGGUAUCAUUAUACUUUUUGCAACUUAGCCUCAUUGCACAGGGAGAACUAUGGUGUGUGGAUUCAAAAUUUCAUAUUGUAAUUUUGGGAUAUAAUCAUUAAUUAUUCAAUUCAAUUGUACAACUUUAAUAAAUAGCCCAUACGUUCUAUUAACUUAAUUUAAUUAUAUCUUAUUAUAAAAAUAAAAAUCUAAUACUUUAUUCAAUAAAAAAAACUUAUUGUCUUUGUUCAUGUUACUUACACUGUUCUAUUUCGGUUUGUCCCAUAAUACUUACACUAUUUAUAUUUUAAAUAAAAAAUAAGAUAUUUAAUUAGCAUAUUAGAGUUAAUUAAGUAUUUGAUUAUUAAGUGAUCUUUUAUUACACUUAAAAGGGCCCGCCAUUUCGCCCCGGGAGAUUCCCGUGUUUCGGGAAGGGAUGUAUGAAUCAGCUGAGCUUGUAACACCAGCCUACGAGGUUGUACAACGACGGCACCUUGAUGAGGGGAGGCUUCAACGGCAGUUAUGACACUUCCACCGGCAAACAUUCUUCGUACUACCAAGUUGUGUGGGAGAAGAAAGUUGGGAGUGGGAGUUGGGUUUUCAAACAUAAGCUCAUGACUUCUAAAAAUUAUCCAUGGCUUAUGCUUUACUUGAGAGCUGACGCAACUAAAGGUUAUUCCGGGGGCUACCACUACGACACUCGAGGAAUGCUCAAAAUUCUGCCGGAGUCUCCUAAUUUCAAGGUGAAGCUGAGUUAAGACAUCAAGAAAAGGGGAGGUCCGAAGAGCCAGUUCUACUUGAUGGACAUAGGGAGCUGCUGGAAAAACAACGGCGCCCCCUGCGACGGCGAUGUUACUUGAUACUCGGAGAUGAUCAUCAACCCAGCAACUCAGGCGUGGUGCAGCCCCACCAAUCUCGUUAAUUGCCCCCAAUAUCACAUCACUCCAGACGACACCAAGAUACUCAGGAACGACACUGCCAACUUCCCUUACGGAGCCUAUCACUAUUACUGCGCCCCGGGUAAUGCAAAGCUUGCCGAGAAGCCAUACAGCACUUGUGAUCCCUAUAGUAAUCCGCAUGCGCAGGAGUUGGUGCAGUUGCUACCUCAUCCCAUCUGGGAGGAGUACGGCUACCCUACCAAGCAGGGUGAAGGGUGGGUGGUGGGAGACGGGCGUAGCUGGGAGCUCGACGUUGGAGGCCUUUCCAGCAGGCUUUACUUCUAUCAGGAUCCAGAUACUGCUCCUGCAAGAAGAAUAUGGACCUCUCUUGAUGUGGGAACAGAGAUCUUUGUUAGUGAUCAAGAUGAAGUGGCUGAAUGGUCUCUCAGUGACUUUGAUGUUAUUCUAACUUGAUCACACAACGUACCAUAGCAGAGCAACAAAAAGUGUUAGCACUGCGCAUCACAUUAUUUAACAAAAAGCUUGAUUUUCCUCAUUAUAAUUAUGUUUGGCAUAUUCCUGCUUUCAGCCACACAAACAACAACUGUUAUUGAUAUUGUAGUAUAUGUCUAGCUAACUGUUUGGUCUUGAAACCAUCAGUGAAACAUAGCAAAACCAUCAAUAACUAAUAGCAGGUGGUUGCCAAAUUGCAAUCUCAGACCAACUAACCUAAGUUACUGAGCGUCUUAACUCGGUCGGAUGGAUAGAUUCUUAGUAGAAUACAAGAUUCAGCAGCUGCAUCAACCUCCUCGAAGAAACAAUGGGGGGCAAAACAGAGAUCUUUGGUUAGUGCAGAAAAUGGAUGGAGAAUAGGACUAUAGGAGCGUAUCUGCAGCUGAAAAUGCUAGGAAGUAAAAGCCAGUUUAAAAGAGUCUAAACUCUUCGGAUACUAAGUUGAAGUGAAAUAGGCAAAAGCAUUCAUUUCUUGUUGCAAGAUAAGAGCGUCAACAAAUGUGUGCGGAUCCUAGCCUCCAAUAUCUCAUCUAUAGAGUGACUAGUGAUUCCAACUCGAUGAUCAGUUACAAGACCUUGAGGGAAAUUAUAUGUACGGAUGUGUUCUGAUCUGUCCCCACUACC